AUGACCUCUGUUACACUGCCACCAACACCUUCACUUGCAGCAAUGUUCAUAACAGAUGGUAUAGACACAGCUAUUUGGGACGACAUUGCAAAACCUCCACUUUACUGUCAAACUCGAUCAGAAGCUAGGAAUCUCAAUUGCACUCUCCAGGAUAACUGUAGAUGCGCUCCGGCGGAAUCAACUGUCAAUUGCGAAUGCGAAGAAAUAGACAUCGACGAUAAGUUCCAGCAAAUUGACAAAAAACUACCUGUAAGAACGGCAUCAUGGGAACUCAGACAGGCCAAAAAUUCAGUAUAUGCUAAAAUUCCUCAUAUGGUCACUGCCGAAUUCAUCAUCGAAUUGAACAACACUUACGACAUGGCUAUACUAGAAGUUACAAAUCGUGAAUGCUUUGUAGAAAGUACUUCAACCCUCGAAGGGUGUUACAGCUGUCGCAAAGGAGCCGUAGCCAAAAUACAGUGUUACUCAAGAAACAAAAUUCUCGGAGAGAAAAUGGAAAAGCCUACGCAACGCCACGCACGAACCUCCUCACUCUCGCUCGACCCCAUUCGACUUACGCAACUGAGAAAAAUCAUCAGUUUCCUCGAAGAAAUAAAACAGGAAAUCAAAAAUCUACAACAAUCAGUCGAUUCCGUACUCGAAGAAACCAAACAGUUAUCGCAAGAUCAGAAAGACGCGCAUUCCAACGACGACCAGAGGACGAGUCAUGAUGAUUCAGACGACACCAACACAGAAGGCAAAAAGGAACAGGCUGCCAUACUAAAAAACAUCGAUUUCAUGGAAAGCCUGGAAAAGGAACGAGAAGAAAUGGACACCGAUGCUGACCACGAAGCUCAACAGAAAGAAAUGAGAAAAAUACAAAUCCUGCAAGAAAUCGAACAGCUACGACAAGGAAGAAACAAUUUUAACCAAAUCAUAGAUGAACUCAAACAUCAACGUUUUUGCCCUCCAAGAAAUUUCGAUGAAGGGCCCAUCACCUUUGAAGCAGAUAGAGCCACACGUUGCGCAUUUUGCGAACUACGCGGCGAACACUAUUCAGACAAAUGUCCAUCGUUUCGUGAUAUACAAGAACGCUGGAGAAUCUUGGAACAAAAAGGAAGAUGUCAACUUUGUUUAGAAUUAUAUUGCGUCGGAGAAGUCAGAACCACCACUCCGCUUUAUGCGAUCUUCCAGAGAAAAGCGAACCUAUAUGGCAACAACUCGCUAAUGCUCGCGAUGGACUCACACAAUGCUCAGCAAAAAUCCAACAACUGGAAAAAGAAUUAUCCAUUAUUGAAAGUGACUUACAACUUUAAGCUUGGGUGGCAGUAUCGCUGUUACGAUCUGCAAAUUAUAUUUUGUCUGAAAGAAUUUAUUGUAGUGUCUGGACCAAAUGGCAACAACCGCGCAGAAGCCGUCGCCGAGACAAAACACAAGAAAGAAAGCGCUAUAAAAACACCUCGCUCAAUCGCACGCACGCCGCCGUUUUUACCUUUGUUUGAUUUCAUUUUAUACAUUUCUUAA